AUGAGCGGAAGGGCGAAAAAAACCGCGGCUCCGAAGAAAAAAACUAAUGGAUAUAAGAUGCCAGCUCCCAUCCCCGUGGGAGAAGUUAUAAAUGAUCCUAUAUCCAAAAAGAAAUGGAGGAUCGGUCCUUCCAUUGGAGUUGGGGGCUUUGGUGAAAUAUAUUCGGCUUGUGAACACGACGGCUCUCCAAAGAAGGCUUCAAAUUAUCCUUAUGUUGUUAAAAUUGAACCACAUGAAAAUGGACCACUCUUUGUAGAGAAACACUUUUAUAUUAGAAAUGCUAAUAAAGAUGACAUUGCUAAGUUCAUGAAAGGCAGGAAAUUAUCAAGUUUUGGGAUGCCAUCGUACUAUGGGAAUGGGUCCCAUGAGUACCGAGGAGAGAAGUACAGGUACUUGGUGUUAGAGAGAUAUGGCAAGGAUGUGUGGAGCUUGUUCAAGGACUGUGGACGGAGUUUCACACCUUCAACAGUCUUUCAAUUAGGAUUGCAAAUGUUAGAUGUGCUAGAGUACAUUCACAGUAAAGGGUAUGUCCAUGCUGACAUUAAAGGGGCUAACAUAUUGAUGGGUCUCAAGAAGGGGACGGAGAACCAAGCAUAUCUUGUGGAUUUUGGUCUGGCUACGAGGGUGACCGAUAAAGAGUUCAAACCUGACCCUAAGUGUGCACAUAACGGCACCAUAGAAUACACAAGUAGAGAUGCUCAUUUAGGAGUGGCCACAAAGCGUGGAGAUCUUGAGAUCCUGGGCUACAACAUGCUGCAGUGGCUGGUCGGGGAGCUGCCCUGGGAAAAGAACUUAAAGCAGCCUAAGACUGUGCAGAGUAUGAAGGAGGCCUUCAUGAAUAAUAUACGGAAAGAAAUCACAAGACAGUUCAAUAAUGUACCAGAAGCUCUCAUCAACUUCUUCGAAUACAUCAAUUCAUUGAAACCAAAGGAUAACAUAGAUUACACUAAAUGCAGACAGAUGUUUGAAAAUUAUCUUAAGAGUGAGGGAGUUACAAAGAGUAAGAAAAUGGAUUUCACAGCUAACAAGAAGAGAAAAGCAAAGAAAACUGAAGACAGUAGUGAACAUGUGGACACUGAUGAUAAUACAGAACAGGUGUUGAAGAAGAACAUGAAACAGAAUGGAGAGGUGAAGGUAGUGAGACGGGGAAGGAAAGUUAAACAAGUGACAGAAGAGGACGGUGAGAAUAAAGAACCGGCGGAUACUGGCAUUAAACACACGGCUAGAGCAAAGAAGAGGAAUUCAAUAGAACCCUCAGUAGUGGUGAAGCUUAGGAGGACGAGGAUGGCGCCUAAAGCUAAGACUCAGGCCAGCGUCGACAAGAACAAGCGGAGUCCUAGACAAGUUUCCUUCGAUAGCCCUAUCAGUGAGGUCAUCGGAGAAAAGAACUUGAAGCGAAAGAGUGAUUCCAUGAACUCUAGUGGAGACAUCUUCGAUGAUUCCUUCGUCAUAGAGGAGAAGAAAGUUAGGCCGAGGAGGAAACUACUGUCAGACGAGGAGGUCGUCGUGAAAAGAGUGGUCAGGAAGAAAGUGACCACUGUUUCACACAAGACUCGGUCAUGGAGGGACUCGCCUGCCGUCGUUAAUGGACGAUCACCGCCCAAAUAA